UCAGCUCCCCGCGAUCUACCGCGUUUCAGUCGGAAUCACCGACGAAUAUCUGAGAUUCCGCGUGCUUUCGAGAGUGUCCUCGUUUCUCGAGACAUUCGCAGUGUCCGCGACUUCGAAAUUUUGCGGAGAACUGCGAACUUUCGAUGCUUGAUACUUCGAUGCAAGGGGAAUAUCAUUUUCUCGAGCGUUUAAGGUGCGAAGGGAUCGUUGAUGCAAUUUGGUGGGAUUUAAUUACGCGGGGAAGCCGCGUUAUUAAGUUGGGAAGGGGACCGAGCCGAAAGAAUUCAGGUUUCCUGCCGUCAUCGAUCAGCGAAACCGGUGGAAAGCCGGGAGACUUUAAUGUCCGCGCAGGCGGGAUCGUUUUACGUCUGGUUUCGAAGACUCGGCCGCUCGGGCGCGUUAAAAAACGAUCGUUUCGCGAGGAAACCGCUUCAUCGCGACGAAAUACUGGUUCGUGCGAGCUCGAGGAAUAUUCCAGCUCGAACUGAUCAAGGCAACGAGGGACUCUGAAUUCUCUAAUCUUCACGGUCGGAUUGUGCUGAACUGGAUAGAGCUCCACGUGCACCAGCGACGUGACAGUUGGAUUGCGAUUCUUGAGAACCGGAUUGGCUGGAAUCGUUCAUCUCGACGGAAUCAGUGCCGCAGAAAUACUCGAGUUAAAUUGGAUUAAUGAAAGCUGGAACUAAAUACUCGUAGCUAGAUUCUAGAUGGAAGAAUGUUUUGUGCUUCUUUGCAGAUUGGUUAAAACUGCCUGUAUCAAUCCGCGUGGUCUCGACGGAAUCACGAGUGUCUGCAUUCGAGUUCAAACGAAUCGAUUUUACACUGCGAAGAGCAUCUUCAACGUGUACCAUCGUCGUGAUACUUGAUAUUCGUGGAAUCACGAGCGCGUAAGGAAUAUUCGAGUUUAAAUAGAACCAUUCGAGUUGAAAGCAGGGACUGAUUACACCCGUACCUUUCCACCUAGAAGAGUGCAUCGUUCACUUAAAUCGCAGACCAGUGGAGCUUCUCUGAAGCAUCCCGAAAGCAUCGGAGUUUCACUGAACACGAGCGUUGGGCAACAGGUGUUCGCGCCACGCUGGUCGUUCCAGCGACCUGCGCCGAAAGGAAAAAGAGGGUCAAGCUCGUUUGGAAAAUUGGACGCGGUCCUGUUCGACGGCGAACGGGGACCGUUACCGAAGACACGGCUGAUUCAUCGGUCCAUUGUCUUCGAGCGUGCUCGAGAGGAUCCUCGGUCGAUCGCGAAUACUGUAUCGUUGAUCAUCGUGCAUCGCUCCGGUCGACGUUGCGUUCGCAAAGAGAAAGUGAUUAAUAAUAAGGGCGUGUAAGAGUUCCGUGACGGAGGUUCGUGCGCGCGUGCAAGUGGAAUAUAGGAACCAGCGAACAGGUUGUUUACAUGGUUCCGUUGCCGAAGAAACGGGAGAAAACGGAAUCGAAGGGAGAAUCUAUGAACCUGCAUCCGUACUCACUCGAACAGUGGAGGUGCCCCGUCGCCUCCUUUCGGCUGACACGCGGUGACCCGUCGAAGAAGAGACGCCAACGUCCGCGAAUUCCGGUGAUCGAGGCAGCGUCCGCGGCAGCGCUAGGAAAAGUGGCUCAUCAUGUCCGUGCUCGAAGCUGGUGAAGCCGACAGGACGACUAUGUCACCUCUGGACGAAGUCGUGUCCCCGACGAGCGUCGAGUCGGAACUGAUGGUCACCGACAUGUUGGACGAGCACGAGACCACGUUGAACGAGCACAGGGACGGCAAGCGAAAAAGAGACACGGACGGCGAAGAGCUCACGCCUAGGAAACUGCCGUCGCUGACGAGGAACAACAAUGACGUGGGAUUCGUUCUCGAGGAGAACGCCGACGACGAUCUGCACGAGGACAGGGACGACGACCGUUUAACUGGUCACGGGGGUAUUUCCUCGCUGGGCGGUGGAAAUUCCUCGCCGUAUUCCGGCGCCCAUCACCAUGGGCACAGAGGCAAUGGGAACGGCAGCGGGAUGCCCCAUCACGGGGGCGCCUCCUUGCCAACCGCCUCGGACUUUCAACCCCCGUACUUCCCGCCCCCGUUUCCCUCGCACCACCACGCGCCAGCGAGUCCUCAGCAUCCAGGCCUCGGUCAGCCACAACAUCUCGACUACCUCGUCGGCGAUCCUUACACGCAGACGCUCAACACGUUGCAUCAACAUCACUACAACCAUCUGAGCGCCGCUGUUACGGCUGGCCAGAGGAGCGGAGACCUCAGAAGGGAUGCGGAGGGUAUCCACGUGACGAACAUGCAUGCGUCGUUUCCGUACGACGGCGGACGCAGUAGUGGCGGCGGCGGAGGAGGCGGUGGUGGAGGCGGUGGCGGAAGGGGCGUCGAAUAUGGCGCCGUACGCCGUCCCGACGCUCUCCUGCCACCCCCAGGCCUCGACCAGACCGACCUCGUUCUCCACAGCAGCCUCGUAGACGACCCCCAGGUGAGCGACGAUAACACAAACGUGGACGAUGGAGGGUUCAUGAACGAUCUGCCUCUCCUAAAAAACAUGAAACCGUCAGACAGGAGCGAGAAGGCGAUGCUGAGCGGGAACGCGCAACCUUCGGACGUGUUCUGUUCGGUUCCUGGACGAUUAUCGUUACUAAGCAGCACCAGCAAGUACAAAGUUACGGUAGCCGAGGUACAAAGACGACUAUCGCCACCGGAAUGCUUGAACGCGAGUCUCCUUGGAGGAGUCUUACGAAGAGCGAAGUCCAAAAACGGCGGACGUCUGCUUAGGGAAAAAUUGGAAAAAAUUGGGUUAAAUUUGCCAGCCGGUAGAAGGAAGGCCGCCAACGUCACGCUUUUAACAUCGCUAGUGGAAGGAGAAGCCAUUCACCUUGCCAGAGACUUCGGCUACGUUUGCGAAACCGAAUUCCCUGCGAAACAAGUUGCCGAAUACCUCAGUCGGCAGCAUUGUGAACCGCAAGAUUCCUACAGGAGAAAAGAACUUCUUCAUGCCACCAAACAAAUCACCAAAGAGCUGAUGGAUCUUCUGAAUCAAGACAGAUCACCACUUUGCAACACACGGCCACAACACAUUCUCGAUCCAAGCAUACAGAGACAUCUAACACAUUUCUCUCUCAUAUCACACGGAUUCGGAAGUCCUGCGAUCGUAGCCGCUCUUACGGCAAUACAGAAGUUCCUAAGCGAGUCCCUGAAUCACCUCGAGAAGAUGUACCCAGGCAACGGUAGCGGCGUGACAAGUAGUCAACAGUCGAGCCUCGACACGAACAAGAGCAAGGACGGCACGUUGAUGAACGACAUGAAGAAGUGACGCCCAGAGGACCCGCCUACCUCGAACGUGGUCACUUCGAUCCGGCACUCCUGGCCGUACAACUGAGCUGUUCGUGGUCGUAACGGGCGCGCGAACAGCUUCCGGUGGACCACAGAAACGACACGUAUGUCCGCGAAACCACGAGCGUUUGUAUAAUAAUUGAGAAGCGCACUCAUUCGACAGGAAGUUAAGAGGGUGUGCAACGGAAGCGUCGCGGAUGUCCGUGUUCGCCGAGGUUGGCUGGUCGACGAGCGUUUUUUUUAGGUAAAUCAAUGAAACGAAGCCGCGUGAAGAUGUGCAAUCGCCCAAGUGAUGGAUCGAUCGUGGAGAUAGCGAUCGUGGGUCCACGAGGAUCCACGACGAAGAUCCGUCUUGGCCCGGUGGGAUGACACGGGACGACUUGAUUUCCCCUUUGUUUAGAGAAGCAACUCGGGGCGCACCAUCGAGGACGCUUCGAUGCCCCUGAUCGCGUACUCAUCGACGAACGUGCGUACUCGCGUAACGAAAUAGGAAUAACUUUUGUUCUUUCACUGCCUGUUCGUUCGAAACGCAACCGUGCUGAUUCCGAAGGAACGUAUCGAUCGAUUCGACGGGAUCGUCGCGACGGACUCGCGAGACAGGUCUGGGGACUGUGUUAGUAUUGGUGAACGCUGGUGGGAGUUUGAAUGUUCUUCGAAGCUUGGGUAUUUGGAUAUCGUACGCACUGAUCGAGAAUCUAUUGGGUCAUUUCAUAUGUUCAUACAUAGAAAUAUUAACAUUUUGACAAUGAUGUUCGAUUGCCUGCACGGUAUUUGUUUAAAAAGAUCACUGCAUACCAAGGUUUUCUUUACGAACGUGAACAAACAAAAUUCUACAUGAAAGAAAACACGAGCGAAAUGCACCCCCAUCUUCGAUACGAUGUAUAUGAUUCGCUUCUUCUCGAAAUAAAUUCAGCGAUAAUGCUUCCCAGUAAUUCUCAACUAAAAUUAUUCGAGUUUCCCCAAGCCUGGCUCGCGUUUCGUCGCCACUGUUCGAAGCUUCGAAGCUUCGUCGAGUCUUCCCUCCCCUAAGUUCACGUGCAUGCUCACGAAAUCCGUAUUCGAUCAGAGGAUAUAUCCGUGCGUGUACGAUUGUUUGUGAUAGGAAUAGUGAUAGUCGAAACGUUUGUGCAAUUGUUACGGUUAAUGCUUGGAAUUAUAGCCCUGUGUUCCGAACCUUGCAGUACAGUAACAGAAUCACAGUCGAAACGGGAACAUUCGUGUCGGUUCGUUCGAGGAUGAACAGAAGAAUCUCGCAUACUCGAACGCGACGAGCGUUUUACAUGCACAAUAGGAGCUAGGAGUUCAUUGCCAGUUCGGCGCUACGAGUGUAUCAUAAAAACAAAAUUGUAUAUCGCGGAGAGCUGAACUGGUUAGAAGUUUUUCAGUCGUUCGUAUCCUUGCAGCUCGCGAAUCGAUCGAUAAUUGGAGAAUACAUACGUAAACGUAUAAACACACAUGCACGCGUACGCGCAGAGUACGACGAAGAAGAAACAAUUUACAACAGGCUUAUUUCACCGUAUAAUUUUUGGGUCGACUAUUUACAUUGCUCAAGCAUCGUUAUUCUUUGCUCAUUACCGAGCGUCCGACAUACGCGCAGUAUCGAUUAUGAUGCCGUUACGUAAGCAUUAAUAUUGUCAGCAUAACGUUAUGUAUCGCUCUCUGUGCCGCGCUACAACUUAUAAUUUAGCGACUACGAAUGUGAACCACUCGUUAAACGUUUAACGGGCUAUUUUUCUUGGCUGAUCGAGUCCAUUACGUUGGAACAACCCGACUCCCAUUUACAUGGAAACAUUCAGUAUGCAACGGCCGUUGAAUAUUCAUGGCGUCGCUGUCUUUGAAGUUACACAUUUCCUUGUAAACACAUUUGUGAACACACGUUUAGCGUGAACGUUUUCAUCGAGUUUCUUAAUAAUUCGUCUUUCUCGUUUGUUCGUCAUUCGAAUCCGCGAUUACCGUUGCCAUUGCACAGUGUUUUUGGGGUGUACACGAACCACCUACUGCGGUUUAUCUCUCGAGUGCAAAUGAUUAAUUUAUUAUAGAAACGUUAUCUAUCGCGAGGUUUCGUUAAAAUCAACCUAUGGACACGAAUAGCCGAAUCAUCGACAUUGCAGUUGUCUAUUCGUUGCAGUUUCCCGACGAUCGAUUACUCAAGCUCGGCAUUACGCUGAUUUUCCAAUGAUUUUGUACAGUCGACUAGAAUUAAUGAUACGAAAUACAGCUUUCUAUACACGUAUUAAGAGACACUUUAUUCCACGCAAACUUUUGAUGUUCACGAUUCAUCUGCAUAAUAAGGCAUUGCAUUAUUUCGUCGAGUGUGUAUUUAAAAGUGUGCAGGUUGUCAAACUUGUCGUUCGAAGAGACGAGGUUUCGUUUUGGGAAUUCUGAUGCAUGGGGUAUUUUAGAAUUUUGGAAAGAUACAAGAGCUUUACGAGAAUUGGAGAAAGAAUUUAAUGAAUAAAAAUUGAUGGAACAGAAAGCAUUUAUUAUUCUCGAUACGAUACGAUACAUAUAACAGUAAACAGAGCUUAACAAAUAAUAAUGGGGAUAUCUUGGAACAUGGUUUACGUUUAAUAACUUUUGAGUUCGUCUUAUGAAUUCUGAAGCACCCCUUAUAAAAAAUCAUACAAAAUUGUCUCUUUUUAAAAUGUGUACUAAUGCGCUUGAAAACAUUGUUUUAAAAAAGUUGAGCUUUGUUUCGAAUCUUCUUUUGUUUUCGAAUGUUAUCAAACUGGCUCAAUAACACACCAAUUUGCAAACAAUUCAAUGCUUUAUUAUGUGUUUUAUGUACUUCGUAUUCUCGUCAACUAAUAACGUAUCUUUCAUAGAUUUAUAGCUGCCAAAUAUGUCCUGCGAUAAAUUCAGCGCGAUACGUCGACGCAAAGGACAGAUCGGAUAAACAACAAUUGCGUUUUCAAAAGACCCGUAGACAGUGUCGAACACAGACUAUCGUUUGGUAACCGACGUCAGCGAUAGGCAAAUUCAUAUCUAGAUAAAGAAAUUUGAAUUUCGAAAUUCAUUUUUAAAAAUUGAUACGAAUUGAGAAAUUUAUAGAGAAUGGAGUAUGGAUCGGUUUAGCUUUCGAGGGGCCCAACAGUCGAGCGAUUAAUCGCAGCGAGACUAUAUUUUCCUCCUUAUUGAAAGCUUCUUCGCGAUUUUCGUUUUCGUAACGAAGAACGGGACAAGGUUUAAGCGCGUUUACUGAUCGUCGGUGUCGACCAGAGGUGGGCAAAGUGGUUAUUUAGAUAGAAAUUUCAAAGAUGAACAACUUUUAAUCCAUGAUUUGUUCAAUGGAAAUUUAAUUAUAAGUGCAAUUUCAAUCUGGAUACCAAAACUUUUAUUUCUGAAUUUUCUAUUCUCCAAAUUGAAUUUGCUUCUCUAACAAAAAAAAAAAAAAGAAACCAAAACCAAGUAAAAAUGAAGUUCCCAUAAUCAAUAACAAUUCGAUUCACAAACUGAAAUUUCGCGCUAGAUAUUGGUAGAAUCAUACACGAACAACAUUUCAACGGUGUUUAUGUUCAAAUGAAACCACAGAAAUAGUUUCUUUUUUUAUAUAUAUAAAAAUGUAAAUUCUCUCCCAUCUCUGGUGUCGACGAGUCUCGAGGAAGCCCAAGGAACAUAUCCGAGGAUCACUCAUCGUGCCAAUGCGAAAGUUGCCAUUUGAGAUGUGCCAAUUAAACAAAUAUCGAGUUAGAAACGUAAGAAGCGAGCGACCGGGAGCCGUGUAUCGACGAAACGCGAUCGAGCGAGCACCGGAAGUUGCGUUAGAGUUUUAAGGUACGAGAGAACGUGGACGAGAAUCGAAGCCGGAAGAAAGAGAAAAGAAAAGAAAAGAAAAAAAGGGAAAAGAAACGUCUCCGACCGAAACGCGUAUAUCGAAUGCUCGGUCCAUCCCGUUCUGAACGGAUAGGACACUGGAAAAAAGGGAAAAGAGCGGAGCGAAAGCAUGAGAAAUUGCGUUGAAGUACAAUACCAGGUGAACCUGAGACAUAUCUAACUUUGUAAUUAAAUCUUAGGCGUAUAUGUAAAUGUAAGAUUAAGAAACCUGAUCGAACGUCUCGCGUUCCCCCGGGGAUAUUAUGUACAGAGUAUUUGAAUCUUUCUUGUGAUAUAAUCGUACAUAUUACUAAGAUAUAAACCGAUAACACGGGCAAAACGAAAAAAAAAUUUACUAUUAUCAUUCCAUGUUUUUUCAUAGAGGUGAGGUAAUUUAGCGUGGUUGCAACGGGCGACCGGGAAUCGCCGCUACGUUCUAAUUAGAGAUACACGAUUUAACGAAGGUUCGAAUACGCGGUCGCGUCGACAACGAAUUUUACGUUCCCGACGAGAUGGAACUGGAAUUUUUUGACGACGACGUCGCGAGCGCUUAUAAUCCAUAGAUUCCGUCGACGAAACGAGGAGAGAGAAACGACGAUAAACGAAAAGGCAGGGAACCCACCUUCGACCGAGUUUCGGACCAACGCCGGGAUUAGUUAGGCAAGAAAAAACGAGAAAAAAUGUUAGGCAACACACACACACACACACACACACACACACACACACACAAAGAAGAGAACGAGGAAAACCUUGAACCCCCCACCCCUAUUUUCACUCACGACUACUUAGGCGAACUCGUUAGAACUAAGCUACCCCCCUCCCUCCUCCCACCCCAAACGUAAAUUAAUACUUAUUUAUAAUCGUUAGGGCGGCCGUAGAAAGACGUUUUUCUACCAGAAUUUCUGUGCCAACUGCAAAGAAUGUUGUAGACAAUUUUUGUUCCACGUUGAACCAUCAUUCUAAUCUUGUAAGAUACUCAGAUAUAUCUUUAUUAAAUAUAUUUGAAUUUCGUAGUAUAUUAUAUUCUGAUAUUGAUUAUACAUUUCAUUUUUGUAUAUUGGUGUGUGAUAAAUAAAUAAGAAUAUUGUUUCUAAGCAA